ACGCCUCACUGUUACAAAAAUCUGUGUAUUUCAAUGGGCUAAAGAUAAAGAUAGCACUUGUACAGUGCACACAUCCACUUGCACGGGUCCUGGGCUCCUGUUCAGGCUGCUUUGCAUGCACGAAAUUGUCUUCAGAGAAUAACACCGAGCAAGAGUAUUUCCCUUUGGAAUAUAUGUUUCUACUUGCUGCGCGGAUUCCUAAAAGCUGACAUCUUAGGUAACUCACUGCCUUGUUUCACCUAAAUUACAAAUUUAUGCACUGUGGCAGAACCUAUAUUUAACGACAGAAAGACUGACACAGUCAUAUUUACAUUCUAUGAACUGCUGAAGACUGACACUUUUUUUUAUAUUAAUGUUCAUAUAAGGUUGUGUUGACUUUGCUAGUUCUCGAUACAGUCGCAUUUUCAGUAUAAAUUGGGGAAUUGGACCCCGUAUGCUUGUGUGCACCUUGCGUUUGGAAUCAAUCAUCGCUGACACAUGACUGCAGAAAGGCAACAUUCUUUUUCCAAGGCACCGUCCGACCGAUCCAGACAUCACCAGACCAUUGCGAACAGCAACGAUAAUAUGCCUAUUGUAAAAGUGGAGAGAGACACCUUGUCCGAUGUCUCAAUUACCACGCCACACACUGACACCGAAGAUCUUCCAAAGGGUCGGAGAAGAAAAAGACCACUCCAGAGGGGCAAACCCCCAUACAGCUACAUUGCCCUCAUUUCCAUGGCGAUUGCCAACUCCCAAGAAAGGAAACUAACUUUGGGGGGCAUCUACAGGUUUAUAAUGGAAAAGUUUCCCUUUUACAGGGAUAACUCCAAAAAGUGGCAGAAUUCAAUUCGACACAACCUCACCCUAAACGACUGCUUCAUUAAAAUACCCCGGGAACCCGGGCGCCCUGGGAAGGGCAACUACUGGGCCCUAGACCCCAAUGCUGAAGAUAUGUUCGACAGCGGCAGCUUUCUGAGACGAAGGAAGAGGUUUAAACGCUGUGACCUUAGCACCUAUUCAGCCUAUGUCCACGAAUCGCCUGUCUUUGCACCCAUGCAAAUGUCCAGAUCCGGCUAUGCCAAUUCAAUGUACCCGAGCGUGACUGUGAACCCCUCUUACAGCCAACAGAUUGCACCUCACUCAUCGGUUUACUACCCGACGUCUUCCCCUAGCUUCAGCUCCAGCCAGGCUAGAGUGUUUAGCAUCAAUACCAUCAUAGGACAUCACGGCGGUCUAACCUCUGGGGCAGACUUAAUCCAACAACCCAACAGGAGCUUCAGUCCCGACCUGGCAUCAGCUGGCAACUCGUGUAACCUUGGAGGAGUCGGCUACCAAGCCCAGUCUUGUGGAGGGUCAGUGCUUUCUAGGUCCAACCCAAUGUCCUACUCGUACUCUGUGCCAAAUGGGCACCUGUCUAUGAACCAAAGUUCAUACUCCCAGGGGAACAGUCAGAUUUAUGGAACAUCUGGCCGUCUGGGAAUGCCCAGUUCCCCUUCAAUGACAAAUGACACUAUGGACAUCUAUGGAAGGAUGUCCCCUGGUCAGUACACAACGUUAGCACAAUAUAAUAGUAGCAGCCAAAUCCCGAGCACGAAUGCGUAUCUUAGGCACGCACCGUACUCCGGCAAUAUGGAAAGGUUUGUGUCUGCAAUUUAAGACGUCUUUUUGGACUAUUUAAUUAUUUAAUAUUUGGAGAGUUUGUUUUGUUUUGUCCUUUUUUUCCCAGAUGGCUUGGUUACCUACCAAAAUUGAUUAACUUACUUAAAAUGUCUUUACAUUAUAUUUUGAAUUGAGCUCUUUAACAGUUAGUUGUACAGUGUGUUUCUGAAUUCAUUCAUACAGGGUUCCUUUGUACGUUCUAUAGAGCACAAUCAGACCAAACGCUGAUCAUUAUUAAGGGGUUCAAAUCAUUCACAUUUGGAAAUCCCUUCAGUAUAUAACUAGUGAACACCUAGUGGUUGUAUUUGCAACCUUUUUAAAAAUGUCUAUUCAGCCUGAAACAUAUAGAGUAUAUACUCUUGCCUUAUCUAUAUUGUUAACUAGCACAUGACUUUCCAAGGAAAACCAAUACCGACAACACUGAAAUAUAUCAAGUAUAUUAAAAACCAUACCGACAACACUGAACUAUAGAGAGUAUGUUAAAAGCCAUACCGACAAUACUGAAAU